AUGGCCAUGGCUGAGCGGCCACGGCCCGGGUGGGCGUCGUAUCACAGCUCCAACAGCAACAACUGUCAGGACCUAGGCAACUCCAUCCUGUUGCUACUGGGUCUGGUCAUCUGCAUUAACAUUAGCAUCAACAUGGUGACGCUGCUCUGGCGCAGACUCCGUGGCUUCUUACACCAAGUGUUCCAUAUUGUUUAUGAGAAAGAAGCUUCUAAGCCAUCCUCCCCGGGGAAGCCGCCCCAGCCUCCGAAGCAGAGCGCCCCUGCAGUCCACCUCCGAUGUACCAUGGACCCUGUGAAAAUGACCGUGACCCCCCCACCCAGUCGCCGCCACCGCCACCGCCGCUCUUCAGGCCGCCGUGCCCACCGCCCGGCAGCCUGGGUCCCCGACACGGACGACGAGGAGAAGCCCCCACACCAGCACCCAGCAGUCUGCUCCCACCACUGGGAUCAGCCCGCAGACUGGCAGGGCUUUCAGUCCACGCAGGGGUUCUGGGCUCCCUGGCCCCAGGACGCCGCGGAGCCCCCUCCCCAGACCAUUCGCUUCCAGCAGGCCGUGGAAGGCGGGCCCCUGAAAGCGGAGAUGCGCUCAGAGCUAGGCCUUGAGGCAUACGUGUACCCGGUGAACCCCCCGCCCCCCAGCCCACAGGCCCUGAGCCACAGGAACAGCGGGGUGGGGCCAGGGGCCCAGGCUGAGCCGGAGCCCUGUGCCCCUGCCCCUGCGGCCCCACCGCCAGUCCUGGGCCCUGCCCACGUCCCCGACAUCCCCCGGCGCCGCUCCUCGGGCCGCGUAGUAUAUGACGCCCGAGACGUGCGGCGGCGGCUCCGGGAACUGACCCGCGAGGUGGAGGCCCUGUCCCACUGCUACCCCCUGGGCUCCCCGUCCAGCAACGCCGUGGAGGGGACAAACAAGGGCUGGGUGUACCGUUCUGUGACAGAGGGGUGA